AUGCUAGGAACAGUGGAGAAGAUAUCAUACGAUGGCGAAUUUGUUCGUCUUGUGGAAUUAAGACUUCCAUUACGUGGUGUUCCACGUGGACAGUUAUUAUCUAUACGUACUUGUGAGCGUAUCGGUCAGGGAUCAUUUGGUACAGUAUAUCGUGCAGUAUGUGAUGGGUAUCCGAGGCUUGCUCUUAAAAUUGCAACUGGUAAGAAUGCACGGCUUCGACAAGAACUUGAGGUACUUAGUAAAGUAUGUACAAAAGGAAAACUUCUCUUACCCCGUUUUGAAUUUGGUGCAAUUAAUAAAGCAGGUGAUCUUAUUGUUGUAGGUAUGGAGUUAUGUGUACCUUGUACUUUGCAUGAUUUACUUUUAAUGACUCGUCUUACAAAUGAAGCCGAUAUGUUAUUUAUCGCUUAUCAAGUACUACAAGCUGUUGCAUCUGUGCAUGAACAGCGAUGCAUUCAUAGAGAUAUCAAACUUCAGAAUUUUGUGUUUGAUUUAGAUGGUAAUUUAAAACUUAUAGACUUUGGUUUAGCAUCAAGUGUAUGGAAUCCACCUCCAGGUGAUGUUGUUGCAGGUACUGUUUCAUUUAUGGCUCCUGAAAUGGCUCAUAAUGCACUACAUAGAGAUCAACGAGUUACCGUAGGUGCUUCCGCCGACAUUUGGUCUGCAGGAAUUGUACUUUUUUCUAUUUUUACUCAACGAAACCCUUAUCCACCAAACGCUUCUUCUCUUACAUCACCUGACUCUGAUGAUGAAGAUAAUGAUGAAGAAGGUGAGAAUGGUAACGGUGGCGCAGCAGGAGCUACAUCCACAACAACACCAGUAUCUAAAACUUUAAAAAAAGAAAAUUUACGUUUACUUCGUCGUGUAGCUGCUGGAGAUUGGCAAUGGCCUGUUGGUUCUAGCGUUUCUCAUGAAUUACGCCAAUUAGUGGAAUUUAUUUUAGUUCGAGAUCCAAGCAGACGACCUGAUAUUCUUGCUAUUCUCAGUAAACCUAUUUGGAACUCUCGGCGUCGUGCCCCACCAGCGGCUGUUACAGCAUUCUUGGGAGUUCAAGAUGAUUUAUUGUUAUCACACGAUGAGGCACAUUUAUUACGGGCAGUAGAGCAACGUAGCGCUGAUGUAACAGCCAGUUUAAUGGGUAGUCGUGCAAACAGCCCAGAUGGAGAAAACACCAUCGAUAAGGAGAAGAAAAAUCACAGUAACGGUAUCAGUAGCGGGACUAGUAGUAGUAGCAACAAUAUCAGUGGUGGUAGUGGGAGGAACAAUAAUAGUUAUAAUAAUAACAGCAGUAGUAAUAAUACCCAUAGUACAGAUACAGAAAAUCGGGGGUCGUUGAAGUUUGUGGCAAAAGAAGAAACAGCAGUGGGUGGUGUACCAACACAUCAAGUGUAUGAUGUUCGCCCAGAGGCGCGGCGUCGUCGUCCCAUACGCGAGAUAUCAGUAGUGAUUGCAGAAGAGACGGCGAAAGGACUCCGACGCGGGCCCUCCAAAACUCAGAGAGAUGAGACAGCAACGACCUCACGUGGUAACUCACGUGUGAAUUCCCGUGCCUCAUCACGUGAAACAUCUACUGCCACUCCGAGUUGUAAUGGAUUAAGAGAAAAGGAAAAAUAUGAAGAUGAGAAGGAGGAAAUGGAUGCUGCUGCUUCUGCCGCUGCUGCUGCUGCUGCUGCGACUGCUGCUGGGGAACUCUGUGAUAAUGUUCCGGUCCCGCUGAUGGUCACUGGAGAGAAAAGAAAAGAGGAGGCACCUGAUGUUAUGGAAGCUGCAAUGGUUCAACAGAAAUUGCUGAAAGCCGGAAAUUGUCGUCGAAAGAGUCUUGAAACGGUAAACAAUGGAAUCAAUGGUACUAUAGUGGAAUUAAAAGAUAAAGAAGUACCUACAGGGAAGCUACCUGAUCUUUCAAAUGUUCUACCUCAGAGAGGAAGAGGUGGUCGUAAAAAGAUAAAUGACGACGAUAAUCUUAAGGAAGUAUCUACUGCUCCUACAAAGCGGUUGAGAAAAGAAAAUAGAGAAGAAAGUGUAAAAGAGACUAAUGAUGAUACAGAGUUAAUAGCUUCUUGUAUAGCGAUAGAAAAUGCGGUGAGAAAAUUUACAGAACAGAUAAUUCUUCUUGAACGUGAAUAUAUAUUGGGUAAUUUUCGUGUUGCAAUUGAGGAAAAACAGGAAAGAUAUAAUAUGAUUUGGUUAGAAGAAGAACAACGAAGAUCUGCUGCCCAUCCUCAUCGUUUUAAAGAGACUACUCGCAUUAGUAAAAAGUAUCAAUACGGUUUUGUAUGUGAUAUGUGUGAUUUUGAGUUUUUACCAGAUGGAAAAAGUCUACAUUUUUUUCAUUGUACAUGUGGUAGAGACUUAUGUCUAGAGUGUCAUGAAAAGUACAGUAAACUGUGUACUUGUAUUUUAUGUGGUAGUAUAUUUGAAAACAGUGUAGCCUUGCGUGAUCAUUCUUUAAAAGGUAAAUGCAAAAGAAUUUCUGGAUCAAUAAUAUCGGAAAAAACAACAGGAACAAAACGUUCUUAUGUUCGUAAACAACAAGAAACUACAGUUAACAAUAUCAACAGUGGUGCUACAUCAAGGAAGAGUGGAACACAAUGUAGUUCUUCUCCAGUAAAGAGGGUAUCAUCUACUACCUAUACAGAACCCACUGAAGAAAAUGGGAAUAUGAAAUUUCAAAAUGCAAUAAAAAGGGAAGGUCUUAAAAAUAGUUCUUCUCAUCCUUUAUCUACAGCUACGGCAUCAUCAUCAUCAUCUCAACCUACUUCAUCUCUUUUUAGUAAAUCAAUUAAUACACUACCUGAGGGUCAGUGGAAACCUUUAGAACGACUUUCAGUUAGUUACAGACCUAUUCAACCAACUGCAGAAGAACGUGAGUUGUUACUAAAUGGAGAUUGGAUUCGUCACUUUCAUCUUUUUCCAACUGAAGAAGAAGAAGAACCUCUUGCUUUUACUUAUCAUAUUCAACCAGGACGCACAGGAGCAAUAUUUCUAAAUCAUGAUUUUUCAAUGCACUCCGCAGUAAUAUCAGUAUUAGAACGUCAAAUGCUUAUUGUCGAUUAUGUGGAUACUUAUGAGGGUAAAGAUGCCGCCCGUGCUGUUUCUUUGGCACACGCGAAAUGCAAUGCAACAAAUGCAUACAAUCUUCUUCAACGUGUGGUUGCAUAUGAUUGUAAUAUGAUUAAGCAGCACCGUGCCCCUGGUACUAUUUCUGUAUACCGACCCCCACAAACAGCGGUACGAUGUCAUGGUGAUCCAUUUGUGUAUAUUCGUUGGUUUCGAUUUGAUACAGAACGUUCAUUAAGUGCCUUUCUCCUUUCCAAUGGUGCUGUACAGGUACUUGUGGGUGAUCAGUACGAAUUGCGCUGGUUUGAUGAGAAUAGAAAGUUUCUGCUUCGGAGCAAUGGUGUCUGUGAAAUGAUAGAUGAUGCUAAUUUUGCACUCGCACCAGAUGUAAGCCGUCUUCUGUACGGUGAUUUCUAG